CAUGAAUUGGGUUUUCAAAUAAAUCUUUUAAAUAUACAUCGACUCCAUGUUAAACCCUUCACCUUUCUUCUCUAGGGUUUUCUCAUCUUUCCUUCUAAUGGCUAUCGAUAUCGUUCCUCCUAAGAGACGCCGACUCAAUGAUGAAUCGGAGUUUGAUGAUGACGAACAACAACUCCAAUUCUUGCUCUGCUCCGAGAAAUUGUCACCGUCAUUCGACCUUAUUGAUGAUGACAUUAUGCCCAUUCAGACAUUCAUCCCUGAAGAUGUUGAUGAUAAUAAAGAAAAACCCGACGUUAGUGUCGUUGGGGUCACCGGAAGUACGAUCAUGGUUGCUGGGUCUUUUUACAUUCCGAAAUUAAAUGAAGAAAAGCCAUUAGGUGAAGAUGCAAGCUUUAUUUGUGCUAAGGAACAGACGAUCGGUGUUGCUGAUGGUGUUGGUGGGUGGGGUAAGAAGGGUGUUGAUUCAGGUGAGUAUUCGAGGGAAUUGAUGAAAAACGCCGAAUUGGCAAUUCACAAGCAGAGUAGUAGUGCUAUUGAUUUGAUGAAAGUACUCAAUGAAGCUUUUUCGAAUACGAAAUCUAAGGGUUCUUCUACUGCUUGUAUUCUGACUCUUUCCGAUGACACAUUGCACGCUGUUAACGUCGGAGAUAGCGGAUUUGUAGUGAUCAGAGAAGGAUUGAUUGUGUACAAAUCGAAAAUUCAGCAAUCAAGGUUCAAUUGCCCUUUCCAAUUGGGGAUUGGGAGAACUUCUGAUGAUCCGAGUGUAGCUGAGAAAAUCAGUGUUCCGGUGAUAGCAGGGGAUAUGAUCGUGUUGGGAACAGAUGGAUUGUUCGAUAAUGUUCAUGAUUUCGAGUUAGAAACAAUUGUGAAAUCUGGAGUGGAUUCAUGGGAAUUGGAUGUGCCUGAGACAUUGGCGUGGAGGAUUGCGCAAUAUGCACUGGACAAUGCCAAGAACACAGAGCUAUACACGCCUUUUACGAGAGAGUGUUUUAAAGUUGGUAUUGAACACUAUGGUGGAAAGUAUGAUGAUAUUACUGUCAUUGUCGCGAAUAUUUGGCCUUUGUAGUGCUCUGUCUUUUGAUGUCUGAUCUAACUUACUCGGAGAAAUUAGAGUUAACAAUUUUUUUGUAGUAGUUGUAAAUAAUUGUUCUUCAUAGGUUAGAUACUAGUUGAGGAACAAGCAAGAAAUCUCUAUGUAAUUUGAUUCUUUAUGUUUGGUUCCACUUGAUCAUUAGUUCAUUCAUUAUAAAACUUAUAUUGUUUAUCCAUUGUUAA